AUGCCUCCAAAAGCUGAUUGGGAAAAAUAUAAGGCUCCAGUAGAUGGUGCUGAAGAUUCUAAUAAGAAGGAGGAAAAGAUUGCUCCCUUAACUGAAGGUGAUAUUCAAGUGUUGAAAACAUAUGGUGCAGCUCCUUACGCAUCAAAAUUGAAAGAGACAGAAGGGGAUUUGAAGAAGAUUGAAGCAAGAAUUAAAGAAAAAGCUGGUGUUAAGGAGAGUGAUACUGGGUUAGCUCCUUCUCAUAUGUGGGAUAUCAUGGGUGAUAGACAAAGAUUAAGUGAAGAACAUCCUUUACAAGUUGCACGUUGUACCAAGAUUAUUAAAUCUAAAGAGCAAUUACGUCAAGAAGCAUUAGAGAAUAAUGAUACACAAUCUACAAAUGGUAAUGGUUCUGCCAGUACGACCUCAGCGGAACAAAGUCUACCUAACACUGAUUCAAUUGGAGAUGAUGACGAUGAAGAAUCUAAGUAUGUUAUCAAUUUGAAACAAAUUGCAAAAUUUGUUGUUGGACUUGGAGAACGUGUUUCCCCAACGGAUAUCGAAGAAGGUAUGAGAGUUGGUGUAGAUAGAUCUAAGUAUCAUAUUGAACUACCAUUACCCCCAAGAAUUGAUCCAUCAGUAACGAUGAUGACUGUGGAAGAAAAACCAGAUGUUACAUAUAGUGAUGUAGGUGGUUGUAAAGAUCAAAUUGAGAAAUUGAGAGAAGUUGUUGAAUUACCAUUGUUAUCUCCAGAAAGAUUUGCUACAUUAGGUAUUGACCCACCAAAGGGUAUAUUAUUAUAUGGUCCUCCUGGUACAGGUAAGACUUUGUGUGCUCGUGCUGUUGCUAAUAGAACAGAUGCUACAUUUAUCAGAGUUAUUGGUUCUGAGUUGGUACAAAAAUAUGUUGGUGAAGGUGCACGUAUGGUUAGAGAAUUAUUUGAAAUGGCUCGUACGAAGAAGGCUUGUAUUAUUUUCUUUGAUGAAAUUGAUGCUGUUGGUGGUGCUCGUUUUGAUGAUGGUGCAGGUGGUGAUAAUGAAGUUCAAAGAACUAUGUUAGAAUUGAUUACACAAUUGGAUGGUUUUGAUCCUCGUGGUAAUAUUAAAGUAAUGUUCGCAACUAAUAGACCAAAUACCCUUGAUCCUGCUUUGUUAAGACCUGGUAGAAUCGAUCGUAAAGUUGAAUUUUCUUUACCUGAUUUAGAAGGUCGUGCAAAUAUUUUCCGUAUCCAUUCUAAGUCAAUGAGUGUGGAGAGAGAUAUCAGAUGGGAACUAAUAUCAAGGUUAUGUCCAAAUUCUACAGGUGCAGAAUUGAGAUCUGUUUGUACAGAAGCUGGUAUGUUUGCCAUCAGAGCUAGAAGGAAGGUUGCCACAGAGAAGGAUUUCCUAAAGGCAGUAGAUAAAGUCAUUAACGGUUACAAGAAAUUCAGUUCUACUUCUCGUUACAUGCAAUAUAAUUAG